UUGCUUUUGUUUAUGAAGCUCAAGAUCUUGGAAGUGGCAAAGAUUAUGCUUUAAAGCGAUUGUUGUCUAAUGAAGAAGAAAAGAACAAAGCCAUCAUUCAGGAAGUUUGUUUUAUGAAAAAACUUUCAGGUCAUCCCAACAUUGUCCAGUUCUGCUCUGCUGCAUCUAUAGGAAAAGAAGAAUCAGACACGGGACAGGGAGAGUUUCUUCUGCUUACAGAGCUGUGUAAAGGACAGCUGGUGGAAUUCUUGAAGAAAGUAGAAUCCAAAGGACCUAUCUCCUGUGACACAGUUUUGAAGAUCUUUUAUCAGACCUGCAGAGCAGUGCAGCAUAUGCAUAAACAGAAGCCUCCUAUUAUCCAUAGAGAUUUAAAGGUGGAAAACUUGCUUGUUAGUAACCAAGGGACGAUUAAACUCUGUGACUUCGGUAGUGCUACAACUAUAGCUUACUAUCCUGACUAUAAUUGGUCUGCACAGAAGAGGGCGCUGGUUGAAGAAGAGAUCACAAGGAAUACAACACCAAUGUACAGGACACCAGAAAUGGUAGACUUGUAUUCAAAUUUUCCGAUUGGUGAAAAACAGGACAUUUGGGCUCUGGGCUGUAUCCUGUAUUUGCUGUGCUUUAGGCAACAUCCAUUUGAAGAUGGAGCUAAACUUCGCAUAGUCAAUGGGAAAUAUGUCAUACCACAAAAUGACACCCGCUAUUCAGUGUUCCAUGAUCUCAUCCGCUCCACUUUGAAGGUGAACCCAGAGGAGAGAUUGUCGAUCACUGAACUUGUGAAUCAACUGCAGGAGAUUGCGGCAGCUAGGAAUGUUAAUCCUAAAUCCCCCAUCACAGAGCUCCUGGAACAAAAUGGAGGCUAUGGAAACAAUGCUCAGCCUCGGACAUCUGUGGCCUCCCUUUCACAGAGCUCCAAGCCUGCAGGACAGCUCAACAAUAUGUACAAUGCUGGCCUGACCGUUGCGGAAUGUGACCAGACUUAUGGAGGGUUCUUUGAUAUUCUGAGGGGUGGAACAGAGCGAUUUUUCACUAAUAUUAAGGAUACAUCUUCUAAAGUUAUCCAGUCUGUGGCCAAUUAUGCAAAAGGAGACUUGGAUAUAUCAUACAUCACUUCCAGAAUUGCUGUGAUGUCCUUUCCAGCUGAAGGUGUGGAAUCUGCCAUCAAAAAUAACAUAGAGGAUGUGCGGUUAUGUCUGGACUCUAAGCAUCCUGGUCACUAUGCUGUGUACAAUCUCUCUCCGAGAACAUACAGGCCUUCAAGAUUCCACAAUAGGGUUUCUGAAUGUGGCUGGCCAGCAAGACGAGCACCAAAUCUUCAGAAUCUGUAUAGCAUAUGCAAGAACAUGCAUUUAUGGCUGAAACAAGACCAGAAGAAUGUUUGCAUUGUGCACUGCCUUGAUGGAAGAGCAGCGUCUGCUGUUGUAGUUUGUUCUUUUCUGUGUUUCUGUCGUCUCUUCACUACUGCUGAAGCUGCAGUUUAUAUGUUCAGUAUGAAACGCUGUCCUCCUGGCAUUUGGCCUUCUCAUAAAAGAUACAUUGAAUACAUGUGUGACAUGAUGGCUGAAGAACCCAUUAUUCCUCACAGCAAGCCCAUCCUUGUCAGAUCGAUCGUCAUGACUCCAGUUCCUCUCUUCAGUAAGCAGCGUAAUGGCUGCAGGCCUUUUUGUGAAGUUUAUGUGGGAGAUGAGAGAGUAACCACUACCUCCCAGGAAUAUGACAAAAUGAAGGAGUUUAAAACCGAAGAUGGGAAAGCAGUAAUUCCACUAGGUAUAACAGUCCAGGGAGAUGUUCUCAUUGUGAUCUAUCAUGCCAGGUCAACACUAGGAGGCCGACUACAAGCCAAGAUGGCUUCAAUGAAGAUGUUUCAGAUCCAAUUCCACACAGGUUUUGUGCCCCGAAAUGCCACCACUGUGAAAUUUGCCAAGUAUGAUCUGGAUGCCUGUGACAUACAAGAAAAAUACCCGGAUUUAUUUCAAGUCAAUCUGGAAGUAGAGGUGGAGCCCAGAGAUAGACCUAGCUGUGAACAGCCACCGUGGGAUAACAUGAAUAUAAAGGGAUUGAAUCCCAAGAUCCUUUUCUCCACCCGAGAGGAACAACAAGAGAUUUUAUCAAAAUUUGAAGGAAAAAGUCCGGAAAGUGGAGUAGAAGACAGUUCAUCUAAAAAUGACCAUGUUCAACUGUCUGAUGACAGGGAGGAGAGUGAUCCUUCAGAUGAGGAAUUCCCUACAUUUUCAGGUGAAGAAAGUGCAGUAAUUGUUGAUGAAAAAGACACUGUUACUCCAGAAGGAGAGCUGCUUUUUGAAGCCAAUUUUGAAUCUUCAUCUGCACAAAAAUCUCCUCCUGAAGAGAAUGUAGACUUACUGGGACUAGACUCCGAUAUUUCACCAGAACCGAAACAACCUGUCUCAGAAAUAAACUCUUCAUCAAGUAAUGCAGACUUGUUGAACAAUCUGUUUGUGGGUAAUGCAUCACAGAUUUCGGCAGAGCACACUGGAGAUCUUCUUGGACAAGGAACAGAUUUCUUUUUCAGCAGUCAGUGUCCAGCUGCUACUCAGGAUACAUCUUCAGCAGCAGUCAUGUCUUCAGCUGAUCCUUUUGACCCAUUCACAAUGUCAUCAAGUUCAGAGAAUCAAGCCCUGUCUGGUCCAGACCUCUUUGGGGACUUGCUGAACCCAAGCUCAACAUCUACAGCUAGUACAGUUCCUUCCACACACAGUUCACUUCCACCUUCUUCCAGCUCGGAUUUCUUAAAUUUAGGGAAUUUGACACCAGAGCCACCUAAAAUAUCAUCUUCUACAAGCCACCCAGACCUCUUAGGUGGAUGGGAUUCUUGGGCAGAUUCCCCAGCAACCAGCAGUGUAGCACCACUACAGCUGAAGCCUCUCUUUGAAGGUCAAGCUUUUACCACAGGCAGCCAGUCCAGUGUGUCUUCAGGUCUGUCUUUCAGCCAGGCUAAAUCUCAGAACUUUGAUCCUUUUGCAGAUCUUGCCAAUCUUGGAUCUGGUCUUCCAGGUUCCUCCAGUGGUGGAGUCUCGAGUAGUGGUUUUGCUCAGAAGACUGCUCCCCCUCAGAAGCCAGGAAAUCAGUGGCAGAAAUCCAUAAAACCACAGACUACUUCAUGGCAGUCUCAGACUAAAUCCAGCGCAGCAGCAAAACCCAAUUACACAGUAAACUUCAGUGUUAUUGGAGGACGAGAAGAAAGAGGAGUCAGAACCCCAAGCUUUGGUCAAAAGCCAAAAGUUUCAGAAAAUGACUUUGAGGAUCUCUUGUCUAAUCAAGGGUUUUCAGCUAAAUCUGAUAAAAAGGGACCAAAAACCAUUGCUGAGAUGAGAAAACAAGAAAUGUCUAAAGAUAUGGACCCCUUGAAACUCAAGAUUCUCGAAUGGAUUGAAGGGAAGGAGAGAAAUAUUAGAGCAUUAAUAUCCACUCUUCAUACAGUGCUUUGGGAAGGGGAAAACAAAUGGAAACCAGUCAGCAUGGCAGAUCUAGUAACUCCUGAACAAGUAAAGAAGUACUACAGGAAAGCAGUGCUUGUAGUUCAUCCAGAUAAGGCCACAGGACAACCUUAUGAGCAGUAUGCCAAAAUGAUCUUCAUGGAAUUGAAUGAUGCAUGGUCAGAGUUCGAAAACCAGGGAUCAAAGUCCCUUUUCUGA